GUUGCAAACACCUGCAUGCACCUGCAAGGCCUUUUUGUUUCCACAUCAUGAGAACAGUCGCACGUGUUGCCAAGAUCUUCAGUUGCAGUCUAAUAUACAGCUCUGGUUGAACUCGGAUAGCAGUCGUGGACAAUGGAGGAAAGGAAAAUCAAACGAAAGAGCCCCAGGCUAUCCACUAGUUCCCAGCAGCCUGCUCCUACAGUAGCGGCGAAGAAGAAUUCAUCCGGUAAAAAUCUUGGUUUCAGUGGCGUGGGAACACACUCUAGCCAGAAGACCAAGUACAAAAGGGCAAUAAGAGACAAGCCAAGACCACAGACCCAAUCAGGGAAAGGUGGUCAGGCGAGUGCCCCUAUCCAGCACUCCUUCCUCACAGAUGUCUCCGAUGUUCAGGAGAUGGAAAAGGGCCUUCUGAGUUUGCUCAAUGAUUUUCAUUCUGGUAAACUCCAAGCUUUUGGUAACGAGUGCUCCAUUGAUCAGAUGGAGCACGUGCGAGAGAUGCAGGAGAAGCUGGCCAGACUGCACUUUGACCUCUACGGAGAGGUGGACGAGAUGCCCGAGGACCAGAGGAAGCAAGCUUGCGAUACAAACAUGGAUAAGUUACUGUUGAAUCUCGAGGAGCUCAGUUCAUCGAUACAAAAGCUCAAUCUUGCUGACAGUCAAGACGUGCCCAGAACAUCCAGCAUGUAGGAUUAUACUCCAGGACUGUGCUGUGCCUAUAUCAAGGAAACUUCCAUGUAUUGUAGAUAUGUCCUUCAACACAAAGCAUCAACAAAAAAAGUACACCAUGCAAUGCAGCAAUAUCAUUAUAUGAGCAUCAAGCUUGCUUGGUUUUAACCCUGCACCAUGUUAAAUAGUACAUCAAGACAAGCGCUCGUCUAUGUCUGUUUGAAUGUUGAAUCCAAAGGAUCUGUGGUGAUGUCGUUCUUACCUAUGGGUAUUAAUCAGACUACUUGCAGCUUGAAUGCGGUCGACUCUGGUGACGUACAGUAUGUCCAGCAGAUCUAGCUUUUGGCACGCCAGGCACUUUCUCAAUUAGUCAAAUACUGUAUUGAUGCUAACGUACUAGCUGUUUUUCACUCCAGUAUUCACCUCAUACAGUACUAAUAUACUGGUGAGUAGCCUACUCAUGUUUUAAGUCACAUACAGUACACACUUAGAGCAAAUGUACCACUUAAGAACAAGGAGUUUUAGCUUGUCGUUACACGAGGCAUCAGAGACUACAGUAUGUUUAGUCUUCUGGCUAAUAGUGGAGUUACAUAAUCUUUGAAAGCUCAGCCACAAGGACAAGCUGAAAGCCUUCUUUUUUCUCAGUUUACGUUUUGAGAAAAUAUCUAGCCUAUGGAUAAAAGGUAUGAUCAUUUUUAAAUUAAUGCACUGAUUUAAGGGUGUCAACACACUUUAAUAUUUGCCUUACUGUUAGUUUUUAUUAUAAAUUGUAUAUUAAUGAAUGCCUAUGAAUGAGUUGAUUGUAAUAUUUCAUUAAGUUUCUAAUGGCCUUCUUCAGAUUAUUGUUUGACAUUUUGUUUAAUGUUUGAACACAUCGGAAUGCCUAUUUGUUUUCCCUCUGAUUUUCAGAAUUUUAUGCUCAGAUCAAGUAUUCAUGAAUGACAAUAAAAGUGUAAAUCAGAAAGUGA